UUUGUUCAUUAUUUUAUUAUUCAUCAUUACUUUUGAUCUUUGUUAAGUUGGAACUGGUCACUGAUCAUUCUUCUUUGUAUCCUGUUUGUCUGUCUACUGUUAUUCUUCUUUUGACCUUUCCUAUUCCCCCAACUCAUCCAAACGUGUUUUGAUUGAUGAACAUGUUAAAAGGUUAUUGUAGUAGCUCCUUCUUCACAAGAUCCAAUUCACACCUUCUCCCCUCAAACUUCAAUACCAGAUUUUGCAAACUUCAUCAAGCAGUUGCAAAACUUGAUCUUCCCCUCCAGAUGAGCAGCUCAGCAGUUGUCAAAAUUAGGACAUCCAUUGAGGAUGUACGUAGUUUGCGAUUUAUCACAGCGGUUAAGACUCCGUAUUUACCUCAUGGAAAAAUUGAUCUGGAAGCAUAUGAUAACUUGGUGAAUAUACAAAUUGCGAAUGGCGUUGAAGGUAUUCUUGUUGCUGGCUCAACUGGUGAAGGCCAACUAAUGACAUGGGAUGAACAGAUAAUGCUCAUUGCUCAUACCGUAAACUGUUUCGGCGAUAAAGUUAAAGUUAUCGGUAAUGCAGGAAGUAAUUGUACGAAAGAAGCGAUUGAGGCCACCGAGCGAGGUUUUGCGGUUGGAAUGGAUGCUGCACUUCAUAUAAACCCUUACUAUGGAAAAACCUCAAUGGAAGGUUUGGUUGCUCAUUAUGAUAGUUUGCUUUCUAUAGGGCCUGUCAUUCUAUACAAUGUACCAUCAAGGAGUGGUCAAGAUAUUCCUCCUAGUGUGGUUGAAAUAUUGGCUCAAAAUCCUAAUUUUGUUGGUGUGAAAGAGAGUGUGGGAAAUGAGAGGGUGAAAGUGUAUACUGAUAAAGGGAUUGUUGUGUGGGGAGUUGAUAGGAUGAGCCAUGAAGCUAGAUGGGAUUGUGGUGCUGUUGGAGUUCAAUCUGUUGCAAGUAAUUUGGUUCCUGGUUUAAUGAGGGAACUCAUGUUUGAGGGUAAGAAUCAUGCAUUGAAUUCAAAGCUUAUGCCUUUGUUUGAUUGGCUUUUUAUAGAGCCGAGUCCAAUUGCUUUGAACACUGCUCUUGCUCAACUUGGGGUUAUCAAACCUGUUUUUAGGUUGCCAUAUGUACCUCUGAAUAUGGAACAAAGGGUAGGGUUUGUGAAUUUGGUGAAGGAAAUGGGUAGGGAGGAUUUUGUUGGAGAUAAAGAUGUUCAGGUUCUUGAGGAUGAUGAUUUUAUCAUUGUCUGUCGAUAUUAGUUUAGAUUGUCAUCUUCAUGUCUUAUUUUAAGUUACUUUGUGUAUUGGCUUUUAUAUUGUGAAGUACUUAUAUAUAGAAGGUUGCUCCUAUCUUACAAGAGAUGCUAUUUGCUGACUGUAUUGUGUUUGAAAGGAAACUUCUCAUUCAUUUCAUAGCAGAUAUAUGGCUUAAAAAGCUUCCCUUGUAUGCACCUUUCUCCAAACAAUAGUGACUAUUUUCCAAUAUUUUCUAUUGUCACUAAGUUUAAACUACCUUUGGAGUUUGUGAUAUUUUCAAGUCUCAUUUAUGAAACAUUUGUAAUGCUUAGUAGUUAUCCUGAAGGUGACAAAAUAUCCAUAAAAAAGUGAAUGGGAACAACAGAACCAAGACAACAGGAGUAUUUAAAGCUAAGAAACUCAAGUAACUUUUGUCAUCACACAAAAUUGUCUCAAAUAUGUUUGAUGUACAUUAUACUAUUUUACCAGAUUAAAUCUUUGAGUCAGAAGAAGAUAUGACCAAGUACUCAAUUCGGCAUGUAAGAAUCAUCUUUGACUCUACUUAGUUAGAUCUAUUGUUUUGGGAAACUGAAACGGCAAUUUUACAAGAAACUGUAGAAACCAGUCUAACCAGCAAGUGGAUUAGAAUGCAUUGUUACACGAUUGAGCCUUAUCUCUGCAAGUGGUCGAUCUUGUGCCCCUGUUGGAGUCUGCACAAUAAAAAAAGGUAUAUCAUUUAUUCUUAGAAGUUUAGCAAGUGUGCAUAUUGCGCAUGAAUUCUAAAUGGGGCAUUUAAAUGAUUACGGUAACAACAAAAAAUGCACAAAUACAACAUUGUUGCAUAAACGUAGAGACCUUUAUUGUGUUUCCAAAACCAAAACCUGGGAUAUAUAUGUUUGGAUUGACGGAAAUAAAUGGAAAGGGUGAAAUAGAAUGGAAUCAUAAUAGGAUCAAUUAGUUUGAUCGUUCAAAAUUAGAAGAAAAAGGAUGAAACAUGAUAAAAUUCAUUCCAUCUAAUACUAAACAGUCUUCUUUUUUUAUAAAAAUAUUUAUUGAAUGGAACGAUAACUCUCUUCCGUUGUGUGUGAUCUCAUUCACUCUUCAUUAAAUAUCUAAACAUAGCCAAACAAGUCUGAGGUUCACUAAAAAUAAAAAUAACAUCAGCAGAAGAUUAAGAUACCUUUUCCAUGAGAUCAAGAACUUCAAAUCCGUGAAUUACUCUUCCAAACACAGUGUAUAGUCCAUUCAAAUGCGGCUGCUUUGCAUAACUUAUGAAGAACUGACUUCCGUUUGUAUUUGGACCACUGUUAGCCAUUGACAACAUUCCCCUUGCAUUGUGCUGGAACA